GUGCUGCAGAGGAAAUUGGCUGCUACACGAACCUGAACAAGAACCUGGGAGCCGCACGUGCAGGCCUGUGGAAAUGAGUGACUUUUGGUUGUGUUUUGGCUGCUCGGAGGUGGAGAAGGCUCAACCGAAGAAGAGGAAGCGGAUCGACAGGAGUAUGAUCGGUGAGCCCAUGAACUUCGUACACUUGACGCAUGUUGGAUCAGGAGACAUGUCAAGCCAAGGCUUUUCAAUGCCGGGGUCAGUUCAAGAACGGAUGAAAUCCAAAAGUGGGUUGGUCACAAACUCGACUACAGACACGAGGCAAACUGUAGCAAAGAGCCAGUUAUCUUCGCAGUGAGCACCUCCGUUAGCAAGUGAUGGGACUGCCAGCGAAGCCAUUCUUGAACUCCCUUCGGUCUGCUCUUUACAAAAAGUUACUUUGAAUGGUUUGAACUAAUUUAUAUAUAGAUAUACACACAAUUGGGUUUCCUCUGAUUCAUCGUUUUAAGUCUUCUGUACUGCUCAAGAACUCUGUAGUGACGGUCCUGAUUAACAUAAGCUUUCUACAGAUUUUCCCAGUGAGGAAGGAACAUGUGGGCUCUUAAGCCUCCAAGGUCUAUACGGAAGUGUUUUUAAACCUGUUCUUUUAUAGUUCUGCUCAGGCUUUUAGGUCACAUCCCCUCGAUUUGCAGUGGAGCGCGAGUCUGCGCUUGUGGGAAAGGGUGGACCGUUUUUAUAUUUUGCCUUUUGUUGGGGGGAGAUGGGGAGAGUUUUUGGCUGCUUUUGAAGAACUCCACUCAGUUUUGGAGUAUAUCAACCAAAUGAGGAGGGUUGUGAGAUGGGGGUGGGCUCUUGAGGUUGGAGGCACUGCCCUUCGGUUUAUUGGGAUAACUGAAGACUCGACUAGUCGGCAUUUGGACUGUCUGCUUGCACAGCGGAUGGCCCUCUGCCCAUCCCAAGAGGGGCAAGCUCCAUGACACUAAAAUGGAGGGUCACGCAACCGUGAGGUGAGACACCUCCACAAGUAAGCUCACCUCAAGACUGUAGUGCUGCCCCAUAGUUCUUCACGGAAUGAAAUGAAUUCCUUUUGAUGUUUUUCCGGGAUUUUGUUAUCUAAGGGAACAUCUGGCGUUUGUUUCUCUCUCUCUGCUUUGGCUCAUUAACACUCAAUGCUCAAGAGCGAGAAACAUCAAGAGCGAGGAACAGCCUCCCUCAUAGCUCACUGCACUGCCACGAUCCCAGUCCAACUGUUAGGCUUGCCACGAUGGGGAGAACCUCAUGGCUGGUGCGCGUGCGCACGCGCGCGCACACACACACACACACACACAUACACACACACAUAUAUAUGGUUAGAGAGGGGCAGCUCUCCAUUGCUGUCUGCCGGCAGUGGGUGGGGAGAAACCAGAGACUGGCUUUAAAGUUCCUGUUCAUCUAAAAUUACCUUGAUAAAAGUGUUGACCUCUUGAGUUGAGAGUUGCGCAAGAGAACUUGGCCUCGCCAGCAAGAAGCUCUUAUAUGUGAGAUUAUUGUUGGACAAACACCUUUCUCCAGAUUGGAAAAGAGGCUUUCUGUGACACUGCCAGUUCUCCCCUCCCCACCAUCCUUUGUUACACGGCCGCAGCUGACGGUUUGGCUAGUUGGUAUGGCCCAAGACCACUGGAUCACCCAAACUCUGGCAAUGUCUAUAAGGAUGUUAAUUUCAUGCCCCCCCCCCCGCCAGCUCUCAACAACAUGGCUGCAUUACAAUGGGUAACUAAAUCCUAUCAUUUUCAGGAAAGGCACAAGGGGACCUUCCAAUCCAUUGGUGUAGUCAGCCUUUGACUGCUCUCAUUGAAGCCUUCCCACUGUUCCUCUGGAGAUGGUAAAUACUGUCUUAGCUAUGUGGGGGUGGGGGGAAGGGGGUGCUGCUGCUGCUGCUGUUUUUAAAAAGUAAUUUGCGCAAAUUUUUGUUAAUAAAUCUGGAAACUUUUUUGUGUUUCAGUCCUGAGGUUGUCAUUCUGUUGAGCCAAACAGUCAAGGUGGCUCCAGGAGUUGUGUCCAAAAGCCAAAAUGGUGGUGGAGGUGGGGACCAAAAUACAGGGGAAGGGGGAAUACUUGAUUGUUUUGAAUGUGUGCGGUACAAAAUUGGGCCCUUUGUGUCAGCAACAGCUCUGUGCCGACACUCCUGUUCCACACGGCCCGCCUCCUCCCAACCCUGUCCGCCGUGUGUGACUUGUGUCCGUGAGACUGAAUUGUACAGGCCAGCCGGAGAGUAAAGCUCCCCGUACUCUGCAACGAUAAGCUUCAGGCGAGUACCAGCCCCCCCACCCGGCCCAUUGUCUCCUGCACCGGUUUGACGCCUGCGCUGCGAGAUGCCAUCUUUUUUCAAGUAAAACCUGUGCAAGUUAUUGUCACUGGAUUGCCAUGACCCCACAUUUCAACUUUGCGCAGGUGAGAGCACUCCAUUGUGAAGCCCUGUUAGAAUGUGGCAUGUUUUCCUGCAAGGCAGCAUUUUAGAAUCUGCAAGUCUUGACAAACCAUGGGAGGACCAGCAGAGGGUGGUUCAGAACCGACUGUGGUGCAGUCUGAGGAGCCUUCGCUUCUGCUCCACUUGGUCUUGUGCCACUCUCAGCUCCAUCCUCCUCCCUUUACCGGAUGUUUAAGUGUCAAAAUAAAUAAACGUAAAGUGAGCGUCCUAUGGUCACUUUAUAAAUACAUGAGGAUUUUGGGUGGACUACAGCUUGUGGUCAGGUCAGCCAUCAUUGUUCCACCUUCAGCCCCUGGGUCUGUGCACUCUGAAUGCCUCUACACCUUAAACAAUGUCCUAACUCUCGAAGCUUUCACGUCUUAUUUCUUAGCAGGAUCAGGCUGGGCUUUAUUUUUUGUUUUUGCAUUAAGCCAGUUGUAGCUAGUUUGGAAAGAAAAAUCACACCUUGGAAUGAAGUUUAUUUGUGAGUGAAAAUAACUCUUGGUAUGUAUGUGAGUUCACUGCCCAAAACUACUGUCCGAUAUUGGAGCCAGUGAGGCCAGUGUUGUGCCCUGACCCACUGCCUCCGUUAACUUGGCACAGACUGGACCUGGAACGGAACUGCUCAGCUCAGGAGAUAAACCUGUCCCGCCAUUGGAGAGCAGCCCUAGUGGAACUACCUUAACCUCAGCACAGAGAGCAGAAGUUGGCCUUUACUUGAAGGUCAACUCUGGGACGUCGGAGCAUUGGAGCCUGAAUUUUCAAUGGUCCUGAAGGAUUGUGUGAAAUCGGAGAAUGAUUCGGUGCAGAAGGAGGCCAUUUGGCCUGUUGUGACCAUGCCGGCCCCUUGGUAGAGCUAACCCGGGAGCCUAAAAUGGCCACCCAUCAGACCUAUCAAGGGAUCGGUGACGAUCUAGGUCUUGGAGCCUCUGUGUCAUGGCCACUCACUCACCUAAAGUCCAUCCUAAACCCAACAUAAAAUUGGCUUAAGACCUAUUGUUGAACACACGUUGUUACAGAUCCUGCUGGUCUGUCAAUAUGUUGGCUGUUGUGGUUUCAUUUUAUCGCCAAGGAUAGUUUGAGGGCUUUAGACAGAAUGUCACUUAGAGCCUCUUGUGAUCCAAUUAUUCAAAUGUAUCAGUAGCCUUUUGCAUAAAUCAAUUUUAAAAAAAAUAGUGCCCUUUGAGGAAUAUUGUCAACUCCACUUUAUUUUAAACGUCCAUUUCCUGCCUAGGCCUCCUUUAGGAUAGUCCUGCCAAUCCACUCAAAUUCUGAUGAUCUACGAGCCUACCUCUGUGUGUUUGUGUGUGUGUGUGUGUCCUGUGUUCAACAUCUCCCCCAGCGCAAUUAAUAUUGAGAAGUCACCAUUUGCCUCAACAUGGCCGAACCCCUAAUGACAUUUCACAAGAUCACAAGUUAGAUACAGACUAGGGGAGGCCAUUCAACCCCAUCUUGGUCCGUCUAUCCAGACAGAGCCUAUAGUUCCACCAUCUCGGCAUCCAGCAGUUUCUUAAAUUAUUCCAGGCCUGCAUGCUGGAUUUAUCCCUUUUUUUUUUUGGCUGGCUGGGAUGGAAGUUUGAACCAAACUUGGAACAAGAUAGUGUUGAGCUACCAACCUCUGAAUUGCUUGUAUUAAUGGAAGGUGGGCACUUUUUUAAAAGCAUGUUAGAGAGCAAAUUGUGGGUCUCAAAUUGACUUAAAGGAACUUGACACCAAUCUGUUAGAAGCCUGGGAUUCUUUGGAUGGGCACCUUCCUUUGCUGAUGAUGGUGGUAGAGUUGCUGUAUGGUACCUGUGCAACUCAAGAUGCAAGCAAUCUUUGUCCCUAAUAGCCUUAUCAUUUGGGG